CUUUGCCACCGAAAUUACAAAAUUAUUAUGGUGUUUGUUGUCUAACACACUUAGCUUCAGUUAUUAGUAUUUGAAUUGUGGCUUUAAUUAUAUUAUAGGUUGAGUUAGAGAAGCUAAGAUCCAGAGAUUAGAGCGUCCCUUUGUAUGCUCUUCGAGUCUCCCAACCUUGCCGUCCAUACCAAUUUAAAGAGUAGAUGACGAAGGAAGGAAGGAAGGAAAGCAAGUUGAAGCAAUACAUGAUAGCACCGUUUAGGAUUCUGAACAAAGCAAGGCAAUUAUACAUGAAGGGUGUGGUGGAAUGUGCUGGAGGUUAUGGCGGUUAUGCUGGUAAUAAUAAUGGAGGUGCUCUUAGUCCUGCUCUUGUUCAUGCCAUUCCUGAAGAAACCAGGGUUGUUGUGCACAGGAAGCAAAGAAGAGAGAAGAAAAUGAUGAGCUGCUAUAAUAAUGAUGAUGAACAAGAAGCAAUAAUUUACGUGGGAGUAGGGGACAUGGAAUCCGUGCAGCUAUUCUAUUGGUUCGUGGAAUCAGAAAGGAAUCCAGAGGAAGAUCCUCUUUUGCUUUGGCUGACUGGAGGCCCCGGUUGUUCUGGUUUCUCUGGCCUCGUCUUCGAAGUAGGUCCGCUUAUGUUUGAUUAUGCCAAAUCAAGAGGCAGCGGAACAUUACCUACCCUUAAGCUGAAUCCAUUCUCAUGGACAAAGGUAGCUAGCAUGAUCUUCAUAGAUGCCCCUGUGGGUACUGGAUUUUCUUAUGCCACAAAUCCCGAAUCUUAUGGAGUCACUGAUACUUUAGCAGCUGCACAUAAUUACCAGUUUUUGCGCAAGUGGCUUUUGUCCAAUCCCAAGUUCCAGAAGAAUCCACUAUACAUAGCUGGCGAUUCUUACUCAGGCAUCAUCCUCCCUAUUCUUGUCAAGACCAUAUCUGAUGGAAACGAGAGUGAAGGAGGAGGAAGAAGAAUGAAUCUAAAGGGAUACAUACUGGGAAACCCCGUCACAGAUUUGUCUGUUGAUAAAAACUGGAGAAUUCCAUUCUAUCACAAACUCGCCCUUAUUUCCGAUCAACUCUAUCAGGCAACUAAAACAAAUUGCAAAGGUCAAUACAUAAACGUAGACUCAAGCAAUGCCGCAUGUUUCCAGAAUCUCCAACUUGUGUCCGAGUGCGUUAGGAAUAUUUUUAAAGCGCAAAUAUUAGAACCAAACUGUUUUGAUGCUGCCACAAAAGAGGCUAAAGCAUUUGGAUGGGAUCCUAGUAAUCUCACACACCAUAAUCAAUUGAACCUCCUCUUUCCUAACGCUUUUCACCACACCCCAACCUGGUGUCGGCCCUACAACUACGUCUUCUCUUACAUCUGGGCUAACGAUGGAGAAGUUCAAACAGCUCUUCACGUUCGGAAGGGAAUCAAGAUGGAAUGGAACAGAUGCAAUCGGAGUUUAUCUUACACCUAUGAUGUCACAAGCACUGUACCAUAUCACAAGUAUCUUAUUAACAAAGACUAUAAAGUUUUGAUUUACAGUGGAGAUCAUGAUGCAGUUAUUCCAUAUUUGGGUACAAUGACAUGGAUAAAAUCUCUGAAUUUGUCGUUCAAACGAGACUGGUUACCAUGGUAUGUAGGUGGACAAGUAGGAGGAUAUACAUUGCAGUAUACACAGGGGAAUUAUAACCUGGUGUAUGCAACUGUGAAGGGAGGGGGACACACCGCACCUGAGUACAGGCCUGAAGAAAGUCUUGCUAUGAUAUCUAGGUGGCUUGCUGGUUUUCCUAUCUAAUUAUAACUAUGAAGCAAUACAUUUUGGAUGCG